AUGCCGUUCGAAUUCGGCAUGCCCAUCGACCCAGGCUUUCACAAGGUGCUGCAGUCAAAGAUCAGGACCCUUCUUCACUCAAAAGCAGAAGGUGGAAAAUGGUGGCGUCGACAGGCAGGACACCAAUCGGGACUUUGCGCCAGUCUGGAUCCGUUCUACGCCAAUACAGAGGCAUCCAAUGGCCGCUCUCCGCCAAACAACGUCAAAGUGAAUGAGCUGCAGGAUUCACCAGAACUCGGAGCACGCAACACCCGUCACCAGCACAAGGUCUCAACAGAGACUACUUGUAAUGAACAAGUGGACGCAUGGCACCACGAUAUCCAACAGCUAGAAGAAUUCCCUGGCUCGUAUCCUGUCGAUUUCGAACCAUCUCACAUGCAACAACUGGCCAGCGAGGAAUACUUUGUCACGGAAAAGCUCGCAAGUGUGCGGUGUAUGUUGCUGAGCACAAACACCCCCAAAGGACCCGCCUGCUUUCUGAUUGACCGACACAACGAAAUUUCAUUUGUCCCUCAUCUCCUCCUCCCCCUCCGCGACAACCCAACGAAAUAUCAAAAUGAAACUCUGCUGGACGGGGAAAUGGUGACCGAGCACGAUGGACACAAGACAACACUUCGGUUUUUGGUGUUUGAUCUUAUGAUCCUGAAUGGAGUAGAUAUCACCCAAAGGUCAUACAACUCACGGCUGGGUAUGCUGGACCAGGAUAUUUUGGGUGUUCAUGCCAGCAAGCCGAGCGAUGUCAAAGCGAAAGAACCAUUCACAAUCGAACGUAAAACAAUGCAGAGGUCCUACGGUCUGAACAUGAUCCUUUCAGCAAGCAGGAAGCAAAAGCAGGGAGCUGAAGGUUUGAUCUUUGUACCAGUCAAACAACCGUACAUCUCAGGAGCAAGCCCAAAGCUGCUCAAGUGGAAAUCACACACGACGGCGCAAUUUCAGAUCAAGGUCACACUGAGCAAGGAGCGGAAACCAUUAUACUGCAUCCAUGUCAAGCAAGGUCCAAGCAUCAAGUUCUACGACUAUGUUACCCCAGAUUCCGUACAGGCAACCGACCACCCCGACGGUCAAGCACCACUGCUCACUCCAGCUAUCAGCUCGCACUACCUCCAAUCCCCUUCAGUGGCAUCUCACUCCAGUUCACAGGGAUAUUUUUCCAGGAAAGAUCGGGAGCGCAAAGCAUCUAUGGAUGAGCAUGGUUCAUUGAGCUCACUUCCUACCAGCAUCUCAGGAGCGUUUUCUCACCCAUUGCCACCCAAGCCUCUACCAUACCAACCGCGACAGUCAUCGGUGGACCAAUCUCAGCCGUGCUCUCCGAACCCACCUGGCGCAGGCGCCAAAAACUCGGAUCAGGAACAACAAACCGCGAGCCCUUCUCCAGCCCCCUCUGCCUCAGUACAAUCAGCACCGAACUCUGAUGGAAAAUCAACUCCCCCAACAUCUCAACCUGAAACUGCGACAGACGCAGCAACUCCCUCUGCUGCCUCAACGGCCACCGCUACAGCUACAACUCCUUCAACUGCGACUACUGCCUCCUCCGUAACCACAACUUCAAUUACGACAACGGCGAUAACGGCAUCCACCACUCCAUCUGUGACAACCGCUCCAACAGUUGCAACCACUCCAGCUGCGGCAACUACUCCAGCUACAGCGGCUACACCGACUACAACAGUUUUUUCAACUGCCUCUGCAACCGUGACCACAUCCCCAACGAACCUCGCGAGAAAUCCGCUCAAACUCUCUCAAGUGCAGGCCCACUUACAACCCAUCAAGUCUUGGAUGACUGUCGCGCCAGUUCCGAGAGCACCUCUGGGCGAAAAGACUGCGAAGCUGGGAUCAGAACGACGGGACAGCAGGGAUUCUUCAAGUUUGGACACGCCGCAUCGGCAGGGACUAUCGCCAAGGAAGAGUUCAGUCGUGUCGACGGAGGGAGCCAAGGAUGCCGCCUCAGCAACGGCAAAUGCAUCGGCGAAAUCACAGGAGUCAAAGGGCUCGACAAGCGUUAAUUCAGCGGCUUCCAACACGUCGGCGUCAUCCGCUCAGGAUCGGCCGCCUCAAACACCACAGACACCGACCUCUGCGCAAACGCCCACGAUUGCAGGAACUUCACGCUCUGGGGGAACGCCUUCGCUAUCAGCGCCAGUGUCCUUUGCUCAUCCCAACAUCGCCUUGCCGAAUAUCGCCGUUGCAGUACCCAACACUGCAUUGACCAACAUUGCUUUGCCCAAUAUUGCUUUACCAAGCACUCUACACCAAGUUACGGACGAAAAUACGGUUCAGGACACUGAGACUGAGACGAAAUCUACCACACAGGCAAGCGACACAGCAGGAGUAGCUCCCCCUAUAACAUCUCCGACUGUUAAGCCUAUACGGAAUCCAUCCGUGUCAGAUGUCAACUCCAGCAGACCCUCUCCUGUCUUGGGGAAACGGACAGUCGCUUCGUCUUCAUUGGCAGGGGAUCGCCCAGAUGACUCGCUUGCCCAACGUCGCAAGCUUUCUGACGCUAUGCAACCGUCGCCAAAGUCAGAGGCUGUUAUGGCUGGAAUUGGUUCACUCAAUCUUGCCUCGACACUUUCCCCCAAGUCCAACAACAUGUCGUCGUUUCCUCUUGAUGGAGCAGAACGUGGCUCGCCAUUGCUAUCGCCACUCGGUAGUCCAGGCGUCGGGGCAAAACCUGGUGACCACCAGCAGCCUUGGUCCCGCUCUCAACAAACAUCUGGAUCAAGGGCUCUUAAGGCCUCUAACUUGGCGCAUGAGGUGCCGCCUUGUCGAUCCCAAGGCCCUGUCGAUCCAGAUGAUGUCGCUAUGGCAGAGGUCAAGAAUGAGGCGAAUGAACCAGCAUCUCACCCACUUGGAAGGUAUAAUGUCGCUGGGUUGAAGGAGGAUGUGGAAAUGGAGGACAUUGCGCCCAAAAUUGAAAAAGGACACAUAGCCGAAAAGUCCCGCGGAGGACCGCUACCACAACGCGGACCGACAGCCGAUAAUUCAAUGAUGGAGACUUUCGCCAAGGCGGAAUCUACGACUGCAUCAGUGAGGGCGCCUAUUCCAUCCCUCUACCCGCCUCCAACCCCGGCGUUUGUCAUGGCAGCGCAGGGCACGUACAAUAUCUCUGAAGAUCAGGAGAGGGCCAGGGCCAUGGCCAUGGCCAGAGCCGCUGCGUCUUCAAAGAUCAACAGACAGCUUGAGUUGCAGACAUUCAAGGAUGAGAGGUUGUUGGAGGACAUCGAGAAGUUCAAGGAGUCAUCUAGAACAAAGAAGGAAAAGUCGACAAAGCAACGGACGCAGGAAGUGAUCGAGCCCCCGACCCAGGACCGACGCGCGCAACCUGUUCGACAGAUUAACCAGCAACAAGGCAGGCAGCCGAACCCAGAUAGUCCGGCCUUGCGAGGCCAGAGUCAACUUGGCCAGCGAGUCGGGUCAUCACCUCAGGAGCAGCAGCAACGCCUCGCUUAUGCAACUCGACAGUCCCGAUCUGGCCCUCGUGUGGAUCCAGCGCAAACCCCUCCAGUCAACGUGAAAUCUCAACAUCGACCAGAGCAGCAGCAGCCCGUGCCUAUUGAGCAGAUUGACCCGACAGGAGGACAGGUCUCCAAGGACCACGUUCACAGAGAUCAGUUCCCAGGAGGAGGAGCCCGUCCCGACUCUAGAGAGCAGAUGGAUAUGUUACACCCCGAGGAUGCACCCCGCCAACACAGGAGGAUCAAUUCGAUGGACAGUCGUUUCCAGCAAUCCCGGCCUGCAAGCCCUUCUCGAUUCGAUCCAGGUAUUCUUCAACAGCAAGGCAUCCCGGACGGUCGCUAUGGCCAACCUCACAGUAAGCGUCUAGAUUUGGGCCAGCAUGGAGAUCCAAAACAUCGUCGUUCCCAUUCUGAUGCUGGAACCUUUUAUAAACCCAUAGUCACCACCAUCGUUGCGCCACAGGCUAUUGGCCGGCAACAGCAAGGACCCUUGCCGACAGAGGUAGCUCCAUCGCCUCAAGCCCCGCCUCUUGGCCAGCCCGGUGUUGAGUAUCGACAGAAUGGUCAAUUCUCUCAAGGACAGCAGCGCCCAUCGCCAACAGGAGUACGCCCGGAGAUGGAUGAUUCGCGGAUGAAGCACAGCAACAACAGUAGCAACGGCUCAUCGUCUGUCAAGGAGGCUCCUCCAGUGAAGGAAUCCAAAGCGCGACUCCAGUUCAUCCUGAACGACGACCCAACCAGCCCAGAAGGAGACCACCAUGAUGACGAUCCAAUGGAGCUCCCCCGAAGUCCUGAGGCACCCGAUUGGGGUCGAAGCAACCCAACGGCAGCGGAAUCCGCCCAGCGAGCGCAUGCGCACCAUGGGGCUUACCUCGACCAGCCUCACAUGGCUAACGACUAUUCUAUGCGGGAUCAACAGGAAGCGCAAAUGGCACUUCGCGUGCCUCCUUCCAUGAUGGCGGCUAAUCCGACGCGUCGCCAGCCAUCCAAGAAGCAGAAGCUGUCUCAGGACAUGACUGGUCAGGACCCAGCGUUCAACGGCACUCCAGAAGAAUACGAAUAUCACUUGCGGCAAUCCCAGCAGCACCCUCAGACACGACCACCUCCCCAUGUCUCGCAGCAAAGACCUCCUUUCCCAGGGGACAGAUGGUCACAGCAAGGCCCGACUCAGCAACAUCUGCCACCUCAACCAAUGGCCAUGCAAGGCCAGCCCCAGUCAUCAGCGGGUCCGCCGCCAACUGGGGGGAGACGAGUGGGUGGCGAGGUUCCAGUCGUCGUACAUCAACAACCCAGCCACCAUUUCUCAGGACCCGAUAUGUCUCAGCAUGGACCAUCAAUGGGCAGACCCCCUCACCCAGAUCAAUACGGCGCUCCUGGUCAUGGAGGCAUAAUGGAAGGCCCUCGACCAAAGCCUGAACGACUUUCUCACUCGAGGCACUCGUCGGUUUCGAAAGCAGGACCAGGACAAGGAUCGGAACAGGUUCAGCCUCCGGGACCUGCUCACCCGAGUGCUCGGACCAAAGCAGGGCUACCACAUGGUUCCAGUCCAGCGGUGGAACAAUACCCACGUGGCUAUCCUCAGCCUCCGCCUGGUGCAGUGCCUGGACAACCCCGGCCUCCCCCACCCUCGCAACAUCAGCCUCCGUACCAGCCUUCCCCUCAACAGCAGCCACAAGCUAACCCAAGCAUGGCUUCGAGAAAGAAGGCUGCAGCUGAGCAGUCAGGACCAUACGGUCCGCCGCCUCCAGGUGGUGCUCCAGGCGGAUAUGAGCAGAGACAGAAUACCCCUCAAACCGCCCAUCCCCAUCAUCAGCAGCAGCAACAGCAACAGCAACAGCAGGCAAUGCAGCAUCAUCACCAACAGCAACAGCAGCAGCAACUCCACCAGCAACAACUUCAACAUCAGCAUCUUCAGCAUUCGCAUGCAAGCCGUCAUCAGGAACAGGAUAAUGUCCACGAAGAGCCUGCGCCAGGCCUGUAUAAGCAAUCGCAAGGAGGUUCACAGUUUCGAGCGAGCCAGCAGGAUCUUGCUUCAAGCCACCCUGGCCAAGGCUAUUAUGAACAGGAUCCCCAGUAUGGCUCAAGUCGUUCGGCUGGAUUCGGUUCUCAAUCGCUCCAUCCUUCAUCCGCGCAGGAGCGGCAAUCGGCGUCUCAUGGAUCACCAUACCAUCCGUCUACAGGACCCCAUGAUCCAUCCUACCGUCCUUACCCUGGAGGUGGAUCUAUGAGGGCGUCUGUGAGUGCUGAGCAUCUUCAGAGCGAAGACCACAUGCGACCUGCAAAUGCAGGACGAGGACCGAUGUCUCACUUGACUCCCGAGCAUGGAUCGCAACAGGCAAUGCCAGCGCAGCAUGUCCCUCCAUCGCAUUCUCCUCAUACUCAGCAUCCUUCACAGCGACUGCAUCCUUCUCACCCUCAGUAUGGUGCACAUCACCAGCAACAACAACAGCAGCAGCAACAGCAGCAGCAACAACAUCAGCAACAGCAGCAAGCACAACAGAAUGACUAUCGACACGGCCCUCCUCAGUUCUACCAUUCGCAACAGGCAGCACCCCACCAACAGCCUCCUUCUCAGCAGAAAAUGAUGCAUGAUCAAGAACAUCACCACGGAAUGUAUCCUCCACAUCAUAAUGGUGGUCCUAAGGUCCCUUCUCCCCGACAAGGACAGCCCGGUGGACAUCCUGCCGACCAUGACCCCAACUACCGUUCCCAGGCUCCUCAUGGACAAGGUGGACCGAAUUGGUGA